UGUUAAGAAUAAUUUUUUUUUUUAAAGUCUGCUAUACUAUAUCAAGAUUUAGUGGAAUUUUGUGUAGAACUGUAAAUAACUGGUAUAUUAGUAAUCCGUAAGUUAUUUCCAAACGCUCAGGUGUGUUAUAUAAAUCGCAAAUCAAAUACUUCCAGAUCUGAGAGCGUUAAGGUGCAACCCUUAGUCACGUCGAAGAGUGGCUUGUUUAGCUAUCCAACUUUUAUCCUAGAAGGUGAACAAUAGUAGCCAAACGUUCAAUAAAAGUAUUAAAAUUUCCAAUGGCAUCUUCGGACGCUUUUAAAGUCAGUUCCUUGAAGGACAAGGUCACAUUAAUUACUGGAGCAAGUUCGGGGAUCGGAGCUGGCGCCGCGGUGCUCUUCGCUAGACUCGGAGCCCGGCUGGCGCUGAACGGUCGCGACGUCAACAACCUCGCCAAAGUGGCCAGGGAAUGCGAAGACUGUGGUGCCUGCAAGCCGCUCCUGGUGCCAGGCGACUUGACCGAUGAGACCACAGUGAAGAAGACAGUUGAACAGACAGUUGCCCACUUUGGACGGCUGGAUGUCCUCGUCAAUAGUGCAGGAAUCCUUGCCAUGGGUUCUAUAGAGACAACGGACCUGGCACAGUAUGAUAAGGUGAUGAAUGUCAAUGUGAGAUCAGUGUAUCACUUGACUUACCUCUGCGUGCCACACCUGAUUAAGACGAAGGGCUCUAUCGUAAAUGUGUCCAGUGUAAAUGGCCAAAGAUCAUUUCCUGGAGUGCUUGCUUACUGUAUGUCCAAGUCAGCCAUAGACCAGUUUACACGCUGUGUAGCACUUGAGCUGGCAUCAAAGCAAGUACGGGUCAACUCAGUUUGCCCAGGAGUCAUUAUUACAGAGGUUCACAAGCGUGCAGGAUUAGAUGAAGAACAGUAUAAACAGUUCCUUGAGAAGUGUAAGGUCACCCAUGCCCUCGGCAGACCAGGUGAGGUGGAGGAAGUGGCUCAUGCAAUUGCCUUCCUAGCAUCAGAUGCUGCGACCUACAUUACAGGGGUGAAUCUCCCAGUGGACGGGGGCCGCCAUGCCAUGUGCCCCCGGUAGGGCUCGAAGCUAAGAAGCCCGGUCGUGUUUGGUGGAUGAAAAUGAAAUAAAUAAAUAGAUUGCAUUUAAAGUCAAGUUUAUUGAUUCCCCCCCCCCCCCC